UAUCGGAACAAUACAAACCUCCAUAUCAUAGCGUAGAUAGUUUUGGUAAUGAAGUUUCUGAUGUUGGUUGACUCGUUUAAGGCAAAAUAUGAUGUCUCAGAAAGCUCGUUGGUUCCUAAUGUGAGACAUUCAUAGUACGACACGAAAAGAUCGUCUUAACUGAUCGAGAUUCGGCGAAAACGGAAGAAACCGGCAGCGAAUGCUCUCGCUUUCUUUAGCUGUUGGACUUUCGGUCGCGAGCUCAGCAGAAUCGCCUGCCUGCUCUCACGAGGGGAGCCAGCCCAGUCUUGUCAGCGCGCGGCUGUGUGGUGGAAGAUGGCGCUAGCCGAAUGGAAAUCCUAAUGACAGUCUCCAAAUUUGCCUCUUUUUGUACCAUGGGCGCCAAUGCCUCUGCUCUGGAGAAAGAGAUUGGAUCUGAGCAGUUUCCGGUCAAUGAACACUACUUUGGCCUGGUCAAUUUUGGGAACACCUGCUACUGCAACUCAGUGCUGCAGGCUCUGUACUUCUGCCGACCGUUUCGAGAGAAGAUCUUGGCGUACCGCAGUCAGCCUCGGAGGAAGGAGAACCUGCUCACCUGUCUGGCCGACCUGUUUCACAGUAUUGCCAACCAGAAGAGGAAAGUGGGCGUCAUACCACCUAAAAAGUUCAUCACACGGCUGCGAAAAGAGAACGAGUUGUUUGAUAACUACAUGCAGCAGGAUGCCCACGAGUUCCUGAACUACCUGCUCAACACCAUCGCCGACCUCCUUCAGGAGGAGAGAAAGCAGGAGAAGACCAAUGGCCGCCUUCCCAACGGCACGCUGGACUCUCAGAACAAUAACAGCAAUGCAACGCCCGCCCCCACCUGGGUCCAUGAGAUCUUCCAAGGCACUCUGACUAAUGAGACUCGCUGCCUAACCUGUGAAACAAUAAGCAGCAAAGAUGAGGACUUUCUGGACCUUUCUGUGGAUGUAGAACAGAAUACCUCCAUCACACACUGCCUCAGAGGUUUCAGUAACACAGAGACACUGUGCAGUGAGUACAAAUACUACUGUGAAGAAUGUAGAAGCAAGCAGGAGGCACACAAGAGGAUGCGUGUGAAGAAACUGCCGAUGAUCUUGGCUCUGCACCUGAAGCGCUUUAAGUACAUGGAGCAGCUGCAGCGCUACACCAAGCUGUCCUAUCGCGUCGUCUUCCCCCUGGAGCUCCGCCUCUUCAACACCUCCGGGGACGCCACCAAUCCAGAGAGGCUCUACGACCUGGUCGCUGUGGUGGUGCAUUGUGGGAGUGGUCCAAACCGAGGUCACUACAUCGCUAUAGUGAAAAGCCACGACUUCUGGUUGUUAUUUGAUGAUGAUAUUGUGGAGAAAAUCGAUGCACAGGCCAUAGAGGAAUUCUACGGUCUCACUUCAGAAAUCUCCAAGAACUCAGAGUCAGGCUACAUCCUCUUUUACCAGUCCAGAGACUAAAGCUGGAGCUGAGCGUUUCAACCACAGAAACCUGCAGAGAAAUGCUCUGUUCCCUCUGUGUGGGGACCAUAAAUGCGCCACAGCAGCCCGCGCAGCUCUAGUUCAUACUUGUGCUUCUUACGCACUCAGCUCAGCCUUGGAAGCAAACGUUCCCCACCUGUAACCUUCCUUCCCCCCCCUCUUCCUUUUAACCCCAUCCUCUCCGGCUGGAUGCUGCUGCUGCCGCCUGGACAAUGAGACGAUAAUGAAUGAAAACUGUGUCAGGAUUGUUUUUCAAAAAAAGACGUUGAAUGAGGGUUGUACAGAUGUCGGUUGGUCGGUUGUAUGAGUGCGUUGUUAGUUUUUGCCUUGGGUGUGGGGUUGAGUGGGUAUUUAAUAAUUGAUAUGAUGUAAUAUUGGCCUGGUGUCUGCACCCCUCUACACUGGUAUUCUGCACUGGGAUAAACAGAGGAGCGGAUCAUGCUUUUGAUCAUGGAUGUAGAGGAGGACGGGUGUGAUGGGGCGCACUGGGUUGUAUAUUUCUACAGUGUACAGGAUGGUAUUUGUAUAAAUAUUAAGAAGAUAAUAUUAUCAUUGGAAAUGUUAGAGCUUGAGAAGAUGUAUUAACACUAUGGUGCACUUUUGAUACCGUUUUGUAGGUGUUGGCAAGUUUAACGUGAGGGUUUGCUUAAAAAGGCCUGUUGUGAAGCGAUCAUUUUCUGUUUUAAAGAAAAAGAAAUAAAAGUGAGUAAGACUGA